AUGGCCAGCCUCUCCAGUAUACCGAUUCGCAACAAAAACACCGUUCCUCAAUCCGAUCCCAAUGAGCCGAGCAGUGCGAGCACGACUUUCACUCUCCCCAUCAUCGCUGCGAGCAACACUGAGCGUAUUCCAAAUGUCAGCAUCCAAGAAACAGCGACCGCGACAGCCGACGCGAUGGAAAUAGAAGCAGAACCACCACCCACAAACGCAGCAUCUGCUGCUACCACACCAGCGCCAGCGACUACGCCAGCCACUUCGCAGUUGAUCAUGACACGCAUAGUACAGGGCCAGUCCGUGACAGACGAGUAUUUGUUUCUCGCAGCCAAGUGCAGAACAAUGAAGAUCCUCUGGAUCAUGUUAGAGAAACACCUCAAAGCCACGCACCCAAAGACCUGGGACGCCUUGAAAGGCGGAUUACCUCCAGGCGGGCGGCCCUCCAAGGUCCUCCUCCAAAAGACCCGCGGCAAGGGCAACCAGAAGUUCAUCCAGGCAGACUGGUUAAGACCAGGCACCUACACGAACUGGUACAGCGUUGAAUUCAACCAUGGCGACCUGAAAAUCUCCCUACCGAAAAGGCUGACCGAGGAGGAUUUGGACGAGGCACGUGAGCAGCGGAAGGCCGUGCCGCUGGUCAAGCGCCCGUUCGCGCGCGUCACGUGGCUCGUCGAGCAGAAGCGCCUGGAUGGCAUUCGCGACCAGGAGAUCGCCGAGAGCAUGGCGAUGGGGUCUGGCGCGGCGGCGGCUCUGGAGCCAAGACGCUACGCGCCAAAGACGGCGAAGUGGGCUUGUAGCUCGUUUCAGUGGUUUUCGACGUUGAAAUCCGCCGACUACAUCGCGGUGAGUGAGGAGGAUGGAGACGAGCAGGACGAAGAGGACAGUGAGGAGGGGGACGAGGAUGUGCCCGAGGCAGACGCCGAGGAGUACGGGGACGGGGAUGCGUGGGACGAUGAGAUGGAGGUCGAUGAGGGCAAAGGCAAGGGCAAGGGCAAGGCCCGGAGAUAUAACGACAGCGAGGACGAGGACGAGGACGAGGACGACGCCAUGCAAUUCUAG